UUUUUUUUUUUUUGCGUCAUUAGGCAAUAUGGCUGCUUAUUGUUUGGAACCGAUGUGAAGCUAGUUAGGAUUAAUUCAAAAUAACAAUCAAAAAUGCAAUAAUAGCACUUUACAGUACUUAGACGUUUUUAAAUGCAUAAAAUGGUUUAACGCAAAUCGUUUUGCUAUAAAAUGCUUUAUAUAAUUCGCAUAUAUUCCGCAUGGAUUGUAAACUCACCUUAGCUUCGGUGACAUGCUAGCCUUUAAGCUAUUUUAGAUACCACUGGUCGAAAUAAAUUUGAGUUUUAAUUUCUACAACCAAAUUUCUUCACGUUGAUGCAAUGUUGGGAUUCUUAUCAGCAAGACAGGCCGGUGUGGAUGACCCUUUGCGACUUAGACGUGCUGAGUCAACGAGAAGAGUCCUCAGUCUGAAGCUAAAUUCCGACAGAGAUGUGGACCGGAUCCAUGGGAAUGGGAUUAAUACCAUUGACAUUGAUGCAAUUGAAGGCAGAUAUAUGUUGUCUGGAGGGGCAGAAGGAGUUAUUGUCAUCUAUGACCUGCAGAACCACAGUGGGAAACAACAGUACACCUGCCGACCUGUCCGGACUGUUGGAAGGUCAAGUCGACAUGUCCACAAAUUCAGUGUGGAGACAGUUCAGUGGUAUCCUUAUGACACAGGAAUGUUUGUCUCUAGUUCCUUUGACAAGACCAUGAAAGUGUGGGACACAGAGACCUUAAAACCAGCUGAAGUGUUUGAAUUUGAGGGGAAUGUCUACAGUCACCACCUGUCGCCCAUUGCCAGGAAGCACAGUCUCAUCGCAGUUGGUACCAAAAACCCUAAAAUUCAACUUUGUGACCUGAAAUCUGGUUCACGGAUCCACGUACUUCAGGGUCACAGAGCAGAAGUACUGGCCGUGCGGUGGUCGCCAAGAUACGAGAACAUCUUAGCAACUGCCAGUGCAGACAGCAAGGUAAACGUUUGGGAUGUGCGGCGAGCUUCAGGUAGUCUUUUCACUUUGGAUCAGCACAACGAAGAAAAGUCGAAAGCCUCGUCACAAGCAGAAAACACAGCCCAUAACGGCAGAGUGAAUGGUCUGUGUUUUACUUCUGACGGCCUUUACCUCCUAACCACCGGCACAGAUGACCGCAUGAGGCUAUGGAAUAGCGCCACAGGGGAAAACACACUGGUGAAUUAUGGGAAGGUCUGCAAUGAGAGCCGUAAACGGCUGCAGUUCUCCGUGUCGCACGGCUGCAGCCCAGAGUUUGUGUUUGUGCCAUGCGGCAGCUCGGUGGCAGUGUACGCGCUGCACACAGGAGAACUGAUCACUAUGCUGCGGGGUCACUACAACAACGUGGACUGCUGCGAGUUUCACCCAGACUACCAGGAGCUGUACAGCGGAGGUAAAGACGGUAACUUGCUGGCGUGGGUACCCGUCGUCCGCACCGCAGACGUGGAAGAAGAGCCCAAUGGUGAAAAUAAGGCUGCUGCCAGCCUUUCUGCUGUGAACCCUGCCUUUCAAGACAAUUGGAGCAGUGAUGAAGAUUAAUAAGAAGGAUCGGAACGUGUGGACACCCGAGACAUGCCUAAUAAACGUGCAUUUAAUUAAAAGCUAGUGUAAGGAAUUCUCUUUUUGGGUUUAUGCAAACUGCUGUUGUCAGAACUUCGACAGCAGAGACAACAGCCUUCAAAACUUGUAGAAAUAUGUAAGUAUUUGUUUGUUGUUUGUAUAGAACUAUAAUCAAUGCUAUGUUUGGAAACAUUUGAUACUAAAUUAUACAUUUUCCGUUGCUGCGCUAUUUUAAAGUGGCACCAAAGGGAUCUUUUACAGGUAGAGCUCAUUUUAUAGUCCCAUAUUUUCACACUUUUUUUUUUUUUUACAUCAAUAAAAUGUUAUUUUCAAAAGUAAUUUGAUUUUGUUUUUGGUGUUUUCCAUUUGUAUUUUGAAAACCAGUGGUGCUUUGUAACACUAUUCAAAAGCCUUGAACUUUUUUUCCAUUUUAUCAUGUUAAAACCACCGACCGCAAUGUAUUUUAUGAUAACUUUUGGUAAUACACCAACACAAAGCACUGCCUAACUGAAGUAGAAGGAAAAUAAUACAUGGAUUUCUAAUUUUUUUACAAAUAAAAAUCUCUAACAUGCAGUGUGCAUUUGAGCCAGCACAACAUAUAGAACCACCUUUUGCUGCUGUCAGAGCUGCAGGUAUUUUUGAGAUUAUGUUUCUACCGUUUUUGGACAACUACAGACUUAGGAUCACUUUAGUGCAGUCAGAUUGGAUGUUUAAUGUCCUGUUAACAUAAACGUUCAAGUCUUGGCACAAACUGUCUGUUGGACUUUGACCAGGCUAUUCUAACAUAAAAAUAAUUUGAUAUAAACAAUUUCAUUAAGUUUACAUGAUGAUGCUGCAAAGCGAAGCUCCAACCGCCUUCCUGUAACCUUUAACAUACUUUAAUAUCUCUUCUGAAGAAACGCAUUCCAACAGCAUGAUGCUGCCACUACCAUGUUUCACCACUGUGUGUUCAGAGAGAUGUUCAAUGGUACAUAUUUCACAUAGAGUUUUGUAUAUGGAGAAGAAAGUGUAAAUUUAGUAUCAAUUCACCAGAGGACCUUUUUUUUUUCUUUUUUUUUUUACAUAUUUGGAGUAUCCCCUAUGUGGCUUGGGACAAACUGCAAACAGGAUUUCUUUCAACAAUGGCUACUCUUGCCAUUUUUAUUAAAACCAGUGCAAUUUUGGCAGCAAU